UUAUACAGAGGGUUUGGGAUAUCUAUUCUGACUUAUGCUCCGUCUAAUGCGGUUUGGUGGGCUUCUUACUCUGUUGCACAGCGGAUGGUUUGGGGUGGGAUUGGGUGUUAUGUCUGCAAGAAAGACGAAGAGAGUGGGAACAACAACAGUACCGCGAUUAAACCAGACUCCAAAACGAUAAUGGCUGUUCAAGGAGUUAGUGCUGCGAUUGCUGGAAGUGUUUCUGCUUUGAUUACAAUGCCACUCGACACUAUCAAGACGAGAUUGCAGGUUCUUGAUGGGGAAGAUAGUAGUAAUAGUAGUAACAACGGGAAGCGUGGACCGAGUAUUGGACAGACUGUAAGAAACUUGGUUAGGGAAGGUGGAUGGACGGCUUGUUAUAGAGGAUUGGGACCAAGAUGUGCUUCAAUGUCAAUGUCUGCAACAACUAUGAUCACUACCUACGAGUUCUUGAAACGGCUUUCAGCUAAGAACCAUGACGGGUUUUGCUCUAAAUCAUAGUGAUAACAACUGA